GCGUUCAUAUCUCGCGCUCUCUCUCUCUUUUCAUCUCUCUUCCUGGGCAUCGGCUGGUUUUUCUGAACUCCGGCUCGUUACAGUCGAUUAGCAGCGCCUCUUUCGAGGUCUCUGGCCCAAGCACCGGUGGCCUAUCUGCCUGCGCAUUCCCACUCGCUGCUAAGGACUCUCUCCGGAACUUCUCGUGUAGUUGGGUCAAUUGUGCGUCACUACAGUUUCAGAAGAGCUGAAUAGCUGAUCUUUCUCCUUCUCUAGCGCACAAGUACAACCGAGAAAUAUGCUGUUCUUUUCGUAUUUUAAGGAUUUAGUGGGCAGAGAAGUGACUGUUGAGCUGAAGAAUGAUCUGGCCAUAAGGGGAACUCUGCACUCUGUUGAUCAGUAUCUCAAUAUCAAGCUCGAGAAUACAAGGGUUGUUGAUCAGGACAAGUAUCCUCACAUGCUUUCAGUGAGGAACUGUUUCAUCAGAGGAUCUGUGGUGAGAUAUGUUCAGUUACCUCCUGAUGGGGUUGAUGUGGAACUGCUUCAUGAUGCUACGCGAAGAGAAGCUCGGGGUGGGUGAAAGAUAGCAAAAUUUCAGUUGUAGUGUAAUGAACAUCCCAAUUUGUGCACUUAUAAUUUGAUAGUAGUAUAUUGACCGAAUUGUCUAGCAUUUUAAUAGUCUAUUGAAAGCUGUGUACCUGGUGCCUUGGAGGUUUUGGAUUUCUGGUUCUUUCUUUCAAGCUUCUUUUAGCA